GUCUCGUCUUGUACUGCCCGCCUGCGAUGACCUUGAUUGCCGCGGCAGGACAGCUAACCUCUUGUCCUUCUUGGGUAUUCAUCAAUUCAUAGUCACUUCCCCUUACUCUGACUCUGCACUCUUCACCUCACGUUCUGCUCAUCCUCUUUCUUCCCUCGGCAUAGCCCCCAUCCCUCAUCCGCUCCGCCUCUGCAUUUCCCUCCUCCUCCUCCUCUUCUUCCUUCUCCUCCUGCCCGGUCGGUGGUAGCAGCGACAGCAGCAGCAGCAAUUCGUAAUGUCACUGCGCUCAACCUACUUCGCCGCCUCGGUAGCCUUGCUCUCCCUCCUCGCUCCCAUUUCCACACUUGCCCAAGUCGCAGCACCUAGUGCAGCAUGGGAGCCAGCUCCAGCAUCUGAUGGGAACAAUGCGACUGUGGCGGGAUCCAGGAGUCAGUGGGAGAACACCUUCGGAGAUACCCUCUGGUUCUACGAUGCACAGCGUUCUGGAGUCCUACCGGAUGAUUUCAGAGUGACUUGGCGCAAUGACUCGGUGUUAACAGAUGGAGAGAGUGUGGGCUUGGACCUCUCUGGAGGCUUCUUUGAUGCGGGCAACAUGGUCAAGUUCAUCCACCCACUCUCCUGGGUCCUCACUCAGAUUGCCCAUUCCGCUCUUCUCCAUGGAGAUGCCUAUACUACUGCUGAGCAGGAGUACUACCUCGACUCCACCCUCCGCAAUGGACUAGGGUGGAUCAUGAAUGCAAGCUCUCAAACUGACGAGCUCUACGUCGCAAUUGGCAACGAGUCCUCCUACUGGGGUGGGGAUCAAGGCAUCCCCCAGCCGCGUCAGAUCUUCUCCGUCAGUAGGCAAAAGCCUGGUACAGACGUCUUUGCAGGCUCAGCAGCUGCCCUCGCCGCUGGAGCGAUGAUCUAUGCAGGAACACCUCUGCCCUUGUCACAGACUCAGAAUGGUACUGUGCCUACUGGCCUGCUGGAUACGGCGUAUGCUACUGAGCUGAGGGAGCGUGCGGUGGUGCUCAUGGACCUUGCUACGACUGCUGAACCUCAGCAGGUGUAUCAAGAUGCUACGGAUGGCGUCGCCUGGGCUUAUCCUUCCACCAACUAUGAAGAUGAGCUCGUGCUAGGAGCAGCCUUUACUGCCUUGGCCACUCGCAACAUCUCCUUGGUCACCACUGCCAUUGAUGCAUACGACUUCGGAUCCUUCCCCACCAACAAUGGAGUGCUCAAUUGGGAUACCAAAGAUCCAUUGCUUCCCUCCCUAAUGGCCAGGCUGUCAGUCGCAAUGCCCGGCGCAGACUCGCGUGCCAACUUCACCAAAUUCCAGACCGACUCAGAAGUCUAUUUAGAUCUUCUCGUCAAUGGAACCAUGCAAGGUCUCUCGACGACUUCCGGUGGUCUAGCCUGGUGGAAAGACUACUCCGAGGACUCUUCACUGAACCCGGCCCUGAAUGCUGCCUUGCUCUGUCUAUGGACUGCCAAUCUGACGAGCAAUGACACAAAGUCUACCUCGUACCUCAAUUGGGCCCAGAGUCAAAUUGAUUAUUCUCUCGGUCACAACCCACUGAACACCGUCUACCAAGUAGGUCUGCAUCCCAAUUCAGCAUACAACCCACAGUCCUCCCUCGCCUCAGGCGGAGAUGACAUUGAUCAAAUCGACACGGACCCUCCAGUAGAGCGAUGGGUCCUCUACGGUGCCGUUGUGGGUGGUCCAGACAAGGACGACCAGUACUACGACGUGCGCAGCGAUUGGCAACAGAGUGAGCCUGCACUAGACACCGUCUCUCCCAUGGUGGGAAUCUCUGCCUACUUUGUCAACCAGGGAAGUAGUGCUGCUGAGCCUUACUAUGUGGGUCUUACCGCAAAGAGGAUCGUACCAAAGAUGUCCAGUGGCGGACUCAGUGGAGGAGCCAUUGCUGGUAUCGUCAUUGGAGUCAUCAUCGCUCUUGCGCUUCUUGGGGCGGCACUAUGGUUCUGCCUCAGCAGGAGAAGUCCACUGGCUGGCAGACGUCGAAGGAACAGGAAAAUCAUGCAGGGAUGAGAGAGGACUUGUUUGGAGGAGAUCGACUCAAUGUGCUCUCCCACUCUCUCCGGACUCUCCUGGAUUCUGAUCCUGACUGCAUACCGCCGCUUUCACUCAUCUUCGCCCUCGCAAUACCCACCUACGCCCCCUCGCCCCUUCUCUACACUACCUUCUCGACCUCAUACUAUUUAUUGCACUCCACUCCAACGAACAAUUCUCCACUUCCCUCCCCCCCCCGCUCCCCCC